GUAGGAGCGCCGUUCUCGUGGCGCCGUUGCUACCUGUUUCAUCUAUUUUCUUCUUUUUCCCCAUCGCUCUUGGGUGGCGGAAGAUUGGGCCUUUGGAGGGAGGUUCCCGAGAUGUUCGUCCAAUGAGCCCGCACUCGAUUCCGUUCCAGUGGUUCAAAUGCUAGAGCUGGAGCGGCCGGAGGCGCAGGGGUUUCGCUACCUGCCUACUUCGGGCAAGGUUCUAGGGUUGCUUCUCGAUCUAGGGCGGUUUCGUGCCGUGCAGAUGCGAUUCAUUCUUGGCUCCUCCCACAUUAGAGCGUGUGUUUGAUAGACAGAACCGGACCCAUAAGGUUCUCGGCAUUCCCCCUCUGUGACUGCCCCUUGUGCGUAAUUAACUGCCAUUAAUGGAGCUCGAGAUGGUGUCAUUAACGGGGAGAUGAUUAUGUAUGCCUUGUUGUAGUAGGUUUCAGUAGAGAUAUGGAUUCCUCUACUCAUGGCUCAGCUCAUGAUUUGCUCAUCUUAAGAGUAAAGUUGUGUUACUACUAUUUAGUACUCCCUCCGUCCCAAAAUAAGUGUCUUGAGCUUAGUACAAAUUUGUACUAGAGCUAGUACAAAGUUGAGACACUUAUUUUGGGACGGAGGGAGUACUUCUCUAGCAGUGUCAGAUUCUCCCCUUUCAACCUGCGCGAGUUCGUUUUAUUAUUGGUGAACCAUUUGCGCCUAUGUUACCCAAUUACUCCCUCCGUCCCAUAAUAUAAACGCAUUUUUGACACUAGUGUAGUGUCAAAAAUGCUCUUAUAUUAUGGGACGAAUGGAGUAGAAAGUUCGCUUCUCUAGCAAGGUACUAUAGUCAGUACUUUCUACACAUUAGGGUUUAUCUGCAAGGUUUUCUAUGUUCACAUUUUAAUAAUGGUUUGCCUUUUUCUUCCCAAAAAGAGACCAUGCUUCCCAAAACGAGUAAGCAUUAAUUCCAUGCACUAGAAGCACGAGUGCAAAAAUGGUUAAAGAUGCACUCCAAAUAGCACUCAUUCUUAGAAUGUUGCAACUUAAAAGCUUAAUAUGGUACCUAACAUCAGCAAGUUCUUUGACACUUGUGAUUUUUUUUUUGAGCGGUCUUUGACACUUGUGAUGUGUUGGUGCAGAUCUAGUAAGAACUAAAAAGGCCUGGUCUACACUUGAUUGGAUCUUAUGAGGCCCUAGCCCAUGUGCUCUUAUAAUUUCUGCUCCACUCACCAUCAGGGCCCUGUCUCUUUCAAAGCCUUUAGGCAGUUUCCAAUCAUGUAACGAGACUAAUUGAAUUAAGCAAUUGUGCCUGUGUUCGAAAGAUGGUUUGAUGGGGCAAUGGUUCUUCUGAACAGUGCUAGUAGAAAGUACUGACUAUGAGUUCACUGGCAAUCAUUCCCCCCUUGAUAAUCCUCAUGUUAAUAAGGCAAAUGUUGUCCUUUUUCUAGCAGGUCUAGUACAACCUCCGGAGUUUUCCCAUGGCCUCGGCUGCUUACAUUGGUGAUUCUGGUUCCGAGGUUAUUGAUCCUCCAAAGUCUGAGGUACUGGAUGUUGCUGAACUUGUCGGCGAUCAUAUACAGCUUACACAAAAAUCAAAUGUGGUAGCUUCUAGCAGCGUUCGCGAACUUUUGGAAUGCCCCGUCUGCUUGAGUGCCAUGUACCCUCCUAUACAUCAGUGCUCUAAUGGCCAUACAUUGUGUUCUGGAUGCAAGCCAAGGGUUCACAAUCGCUGUCCAACUUGUAGGCAUGAACUGGGUAACAUAAGAUGCCUUGCUCUUGAGAAGGUGGCUGCAUCUCUUGAGCUUCCAUGCAAGUACCAGAACUUUGGUUGCUUAGGCAUUUACCCAUACUACUGCAAGCUGAAGCAUGAGUCACAGUGCCAAUAUAGGCCUUAUAGUUGUCCAUACGCUGGAUCUGAAUGUACAGUUGGUGGUGACAUUCCAUACUUGGUAAAUCAUUUGAAAGAUGAUCACAAAGUUGACAUGCACAGCGGAAGCACUUUCAACCAUCGCUAUGUCAAGUCAAAUCCUCAUGAAGUUGAGAAUGCGACCUGGAUGCUUACGGUUUUCAGCUGCUUUGGCCAGUACUUCUGCCUGCAUUUCGAGGCAUUUCAGUUGGGCAUGGCACCUGUGUACAUCGCUUUCGUGAGGUUCAUGGGAGAUGAUGCGGAAGCAAAGAAGUACAGCUACAGCUUGGAGGUAGGAGGUGGUGGGCGCAAGAUGAUCUUUCAAGGGGUUCCCCGGAGCAUCCGAGACGGCCAUCGGAAGGUCAGAGAUAGCUAUGAUGGGCUAAUAAUCCAACGGAACAUGGCCUUGUUCUUCUCUUGUGGUGAGAGGAAGGAGCUUAAAUUGAGGGUCACCGGGAGGAUUUGGGAAGAAGAGUGAAAUGAUCCAGCCGAUUCAUCGAUAUCCCUGGUAUGAAUGAGCCCUUCGGUCGCAUCAUGAAAACUGUAUUUCCUAGGGGCUGAUUCUGAAGCUUGCAAUUGUAAUACCUGUAGCCUGUUUUAGCUAUCGUCUGCUCGAUUGGUGUCUGCUCAGAUAACCUGGGUGACAGUGAUACUGUUGUAGGAAUCUCCUCUUUGCCUUGAACCAGUACCAGUUAGGAGUCGCCAUUCUGUAGCAUAGGGGAGCCUAUUGGCAACUCAUGAGAUGUAAAGGUUCUAUGUAGCUUUCGUUCUUUGUUCCAAACUCCGUUUACAUGGUUCAUUUAAGAGGAUGUGUAACAGCUUGAGAAUUAGAACGUGGAUUUAAUCAUGAUGAAAUGCAAGAAACAUUGGAG